AUCUGAGAGAAUGGACCUCGAGCUCAGACCACAACUUCCCCCUCUUAGCUGUGAGUUUUUAAAAGUUUUUUUUCCUAAUCUUCAGUGUUCAUCAGAAAAAGAGACACCCGCUUCACCGUUUGGUCAUUUUGUGCUUCUUGGACUCAAGAACCAUGACUUUGAGGCGCAGCAGCCGGCUAUUGGUGGUCAUUUCUCUGUCGGUGACUUUGGGUCAAGCCGAAACUCUUGGGGAAUGUCAGCUCUGCUACGUGCUGGAUGGUAUUCUGUUUUUGUACGGCAUCAUCCUGACCGCCCUCUACUGCAGACUUAAGAUCAGCAGUGCUAAGAAGUUUGCAGGUAAAAAGAAGCAGACUGCAGAAGACUUAUACACGGGUUUGACACCUCAUGCCGAGGACGCAUACGCCACAAUUGGCAUGAAGCAGUGACGAGAAAAGACAAUGCAAAGAUUAAAAUAAAAAUUAUACAAUAUAAUUAGAGCUGUUAAUGCAUGUUAUUCAUCAAAAAAAAUAUUGAUUAAUCUUGUGUAAAUGCAGAUUAAUCACGCAAUUUACUUUGUUCUCUGGUCAGUGAUCAGGUCAUUGCAUACUUAUAAGAAUGAGUGAGGAGACUCCGACUGCUGUGUUCACUGACAGAUUUCAUUUCAAAAUUUGACUGGAUUUAGGAUAAAACUAUUCCAAGUUUUGAGCUAAUAAAAAAAUGUGGACUAAAGAAAAACAUUUACCAAACAUGUGUGACAGUCUGGCAAAAUAAAAUUGCAUUGUGUCAAAA